AUGGCGAUCCCACCCUGGCAACUCAUCCUCGGCUUUAUUGCGACCUCCAUCACAUACUCAAUCCUCUCCUCCAUCUACAACAACAUCCAAAACCGCCGCAAAGCAGCCACACGAGGAUGUCAACCUCCCAAAAAGAAUCCCGCUGGAUUCUUGGGUUUGGGAUACGGCAACUUCAAAACAAUCCUGCAAUACUCGCGUCAGCAUAAAGCAUUAGACUUGAUUAACAAGUUGAUCCGAGAGAACGGAAAUACAUACGAAGAUGUCGUUCUCGGCACCAAGGCCCUCGUGACCGCCGAGCCGGAAAAUAUUAAAGCCAUGUUGGCGACGCAAUUCAAUGAUUUCGGCCUUGGUAUGAGACGCCAAAUAUUUGGUCCGUUUUUGGGCGAUGGUAUCUUCACGCUUGAUGGGGCCGGGUGGUCGCAUUCAAGGGCUAUGUUGCGGCCGCAGUUUUCGAGGGAACAGGUUGCUGAUGUGGGCAUGUUGGGCUCUCAUGUCGAUCAGUUGAUUUCCCAGUUGCCCGCUGAUGGGACUCCAUUCGAUAUUCAGGAGUAUUUUUUCAAGAUGACGCUAGAUACUGCAACGGAAUUUCUGUUUGGUGAAUCGACGAACUGUUUGCUUGAGAAGUCCGAGAAGAAAUCUUCGGCGUUGUCAACCAUUGGUGGCGAGGAAGGAUUUGCCAAUGCGUUCAACAAAUCGCAGGAUUAUGUAGUUGAGAGAUCUCGAGCACAGAAUUUGUACUGGCUUGUCACUUCCGCCGAGUCGCGUCGAAACUGUAAACUUGUGCAUGAUGUGGUUGAUUACUAUGUCGACGCAGCCUUGGCGCGAUACAAUCAUACCGGUGGCGAUCAGGAGAAGUUUAUUGAUAGCGCAAACCCGGAUAGAUAUGUCUUUCUCGACGCUAUGAUUAGGGAAACCCGGGACCGACGAGCACUUCGAGACCAGAUGCUUAAUAUUUUACUUGCUGGCCGCGAUACAACGGCAAGUCUCCUGAGUUCUUCGUUUUACUAUCUCGCUCGGCACCCUGCUGUAUGGCAACGACUCCGCGAAGAGAUUCUGUCGAUAUUCCCACCCAGCGAACCCGCAGACUCAAUCACAAUCGCUCGUCUGCGCGAAGUUCGAUACUUAAAGCAUUUCCUAAAUGAAGUCCUUCGUCUUCUUCCGCCGGUCCCUGUCAAUGGUCGAUUCGCUACAGUUGAUACCACGUUACCUGUGGGCGGUGGCCCAGACGGCAAGUCCCCCGUGUUUGUCCCCAAGGGAUUAAAGGUCCAGUAUCAGGUUACUGUUAUGCAUCGACGAAAGGAUCUCUGGGGCCCGGAUGCGGAGGAGUUUAGGCCAGAGCGAUGGGAGGAAAAUGGACGACAUGGGUGGGAAUACUUACCAUUUAACGGUGGGCCGAGAAUUUGCCUAGGCCAACAAUACGCAUUGACAGAAGCAAGCUACGUGCUUGUCCGGUUAUUGCAGCGAUUCGACCAUGUCACUAAUGCGCAGCCGGAAGUUCCGAGUCCUUGCAUGAAGCUUGCGUUGACUGCAUAUCAUGCGCGUGGGGUGAAGGUCGGUUUGUUUUGCUAA